AUGAACAAAAAGGGAGGUGUUUUGGAAGUUAAGGUGGAGAGUCCGACCACGCCAGUGUCGCCGCAGGCAGCUCAAGAUCCCAAGGCCAUCGAAAAGGACAAGGCGGUCACUAAUUAUCGUUUGACAAAAGACUCUGCUUGGGGUAUGGUGCUUGUAGCAUUCGCCUCCAUUUUCGGAAGUUUAAUGUCUUCUCUUGUGAAUCUGCUGGGUCAGGAGUAUAAGAUUCCUGCACCCACCAUUACUUUCACUCGUUCAUUAUUCAACUUGGUCAUAAACCUGGUUUGCUGUGGUAUUGUGAUGGCAAAUCCGAUUGGACCUUAUAAGGAGGGGAAGAAAUUCCUCUGGGUUAUUUUCCGUGGUCUCUUUGGAGGCAUUCAAAUUACUUGUUAUUUCUUUGCGUUCACUCAAAUCCCCGUUGGAGAUGCGACCACGUUAACGUUUACAGCUCCUGUGAUCACUGGAUUUUUGGCUAUCUGUAUGUUGCAUGAGAGCUGGGGUUGGCUCGACGGAGUUGCUAGUUGCUUCUGUUUCGUUGGAGUAAUUUUCACAUCGAAGCCGGCGUGGUUGUUCCAUACAGCUAGUUUGAAUGCUUUUUACGUAAUGAUUGCUUUUAUCGGUUCGAUUGCUGCCGCCUUUGCGUAUAUUGCGGUGCGCAAAGUCGGUCCUACCGUGUCCGUGUUCGUUCUGAUCAACUAUAUCCUGAUCUUCACGAUGUUGAUCAACAUCUUCCAGAGCUACUACAAGCUUCACACCUUCCCUUGGCCGAAAUCCACCACCAGCGUGAAGGGCUGGCUUUUGCUGGUUGCCACUUCGCUGCUCGGAGCGGGAGCGCAGAUCUGCAUCAACCGCGGACUGCAGUUGGAGAAGGCGGGUCCUGCCACCUCCAUGCGAUUCCUGGAUAUCGUCUUGUCCUAUGUGUGGCAAGUCGUGAUCAAUAAGGAUCCUACGGAUGUCUAUAGUAUUAUCGGAGCUAUCUUGGUGAGCAUCUGCUUGAUCCUUAUCGGACUGAAGAAGUGGUGGGUUGUCCGAAAGGCCAGACUGGAGUACGAGAAGUUGCUCGAGGACUAACGAACGAACGAACGAACGAACGAAAUUCAUUGCAUGCAAUG